AUGCAAGCGAUGAGUGCGAACGCGAGUGCGCCUAGAGCGCCGCAACGGUCACCGUUCGCGAUACAAGAGUUGCUCGGGUUGUCAGAUAACCGGGAGUCUCGGGAACGGUACUUCGAGAGUCGGGACGACAGGGUGUUGAAUCUGUCGGAGCGGGAGCGGUCUUAUGCCCCGCAGUUCCCGCUGCCCGCGUCUGUUGCCAGCAGAGUUGCGUAUGCGGCGGCGUUCAAUGCGCAAGCUGCAGUUGCGGCGGCGUUCUUGCCAGGACCGCCACUUUUGCACCCACCGCCCGCUUCAAUGGUAGCUAACUUUAAUGUUGAUUGUUCUGGCAAGGUUAUGUGGGUCACCGUCGGUACCGUAUCGACCGGCCUGGAAUGCGGCAAAUUAGACAGCACAUUAACGCUGUUAUUAGCAACAAACCCCGGUUAG